GUGUGCUGGCUGUGUUGGCUCCGACAGCCCCGGGAGCAGGAUCGUCUAUGCUGAGAUCCAGGCUGAGUUCAGCACGCCCCAGUGUUCGGUUCGGUUGCUGCUGUGUGUGUUACUGUGUAUGAGACCGCACCACAGGCUCCAUGGCACUCCUAGGAAUUGAACUCUAUUUACUGGUUUGACCUUCAUCACAGAUUUUGCGUCAGUGUUGUGUGGUGUCAUGUUGGGUUUGACGUGUGGAUUGUGGGAAUGAACUGGACACCAGCCGUUGAGGGUUAACCCUGAGGUGGUCCCGGAAGGCAAGAGGACACCAUCUCAGGUGCUGUCAGGUGCAUUUCCACAGACUGCGUCCUCUGAGCCUUGCUGUGGACAGACGCUUGUUAACUUGCAUUGGUUUCUGCUUGCCGUAGGAUCCAGGGAACGGAACAGCCACACAAGUGUCUGUACACUGUUAAACAGUUCCUUCCUACUCACUCGUGGGAAGCUUAGGGAAGAAUUCUGAGACUGCAUGCCAGAACUCGGUGGACUGUGAAACCAUUGAGAUUUCUUCAGAUUUUCAAAAUUACAGGUGCUGCCUAAAGAAUGGAGGAUGACGACUUUGGUGGCUUUGAGGCUGCAGAGACCUUUGAUGGCGAACACAGUGGAAACCAAGCAAUGUCUCCUGCUGUCCCCUGGGCCACCUUUCCUGCAGUAUCCGGAGUGCGUCUCUCACCAGCUUCUCCGGAGCUCAUUCUGGACCAUGACCACUCAUCGCCAUCCUCUGGCCGUCUCCCUCCAGAUGCCAUCAUUUCAGCACCAGAUGAUACACGUGCAGACAGUGGCCUUGUGAGUCAGACCAUCCCCAAAGCUCAGAUUCAGCAGUCAGCACACACACAUCUGAAUAUACCACUUUUUCCACUUGGCUUAACGGAUGAGACAACCCAUGGAGCGCUUGCACUGGAGGAUGACCCCGAGGGUCCUGGAGCCGACGUGUCCCACUCACAGCUACAACAAAAAAUAUCAAGUCUGGAGACUAAACUGAAAGCAUCUGAAGAGGAAAAACAGAGAAUUAAAAAGGAUGUGGAUUCGCUGAUGGAGAAGCACAGUGUCCUGGAGAAAGACUUCCUGAAGGAAAAGGAGCAGGAUGCUGUGUCCUUUCAAGCCAGAUACCGUGAGCUUCAGGAAAAGCAUAAGCAAGAAUUGGAAGACAUGAGGAAAGCUGGGCACGAGGCACUGAGCAUUAUUGUGGAUGAGUAUAAGGCACUUCUGCAGUCUUCAGUGAAGCAGCAGCUAGACGCCAUUGAGAAACAGUAUGUGUCUGCAAUCGAGAAACAAGCUCACAGGUGUGAGGAACUGCUGCACGCUCAGCAUCAGAGGCUCCUGGAAGUGCUGGACAAUGAGAAGGAACUGUUAAGGGGAAAAAUCCAGGAAGCUUUGGAUCAGCAGUCACAGGAGCAGAAGGAAACAUUGGGAAAAUGUCUGCAGGAAGAAAUGCAGAGGAAUAAAGAGACACUGGAGUCAGCUGUGAAGCUUGAGAAAGAAGCGAUGAAAGAUGUCAUCACCAAAGCAGUGGAAGAAGAAAGGAAAAAUCUGGAAAAAGUUCAUGCUGAAGAACGGGAAAUGUGGAAGGCAGAACAUGCAAGAGAUCAGGAAAGGGUAGCAGAGGCUAUCCAGGCCGCCGUCCAGGAGCAGCGCGUGAUGAGUCAGGAAGCUGUCAAAGCAGCAAUAAUAGAGGAGCAGAAGAGAAGUGAAAGGGCCAUGGAGGAGGCAGUAAAGAGAACAAGAGACGAGCUGGUGGAGUACGUGAGGGAGCAGAGGAGGCUCGAUCAAGUCACCCGCCAACGCAGCCUGUCCAGCCUGGAGCUGUUCCUGUCCUGUGCCCAGAAGCAGCUGAGUGCUCUCAUAGCUACGGAGCCUGUUGACAUUGAAUAGAGACAAGCUGGCUGACCUGUCCCUGUCAUUAAGCCUGCCUACUCUGAAGCUGUUCCUCUCCUGCGCCCAGAAGCAGCUGAGUACUCUAAGGUCCAUGGAGCCUAUUGGCAUUGAAUAAAGGGAACAUGACAGGCUACUUGCCCUGGCCAUUGUGUCAAUCACUAGACUUCUAGUAGAUGCUGUGACUGAUGCUUUUGUUUUCUGAUUAAACAGCUGGUUUCUAGGUCAAGGAUGAGCCAAAGCAGUAUCUAGAAGAACCAUCAAUGGAUCUAACUUAUUCUCUAUUAUUUUGUUACAAGUAGAAUGAAAGAAUAUAUAUGCCCCAAAGUUCAUGGGGUAGGAAAGCAAUACGGCUCCAGGUGGCCUGGUGACACUGUGGUACAGGAUCACCUCGUUGUGAUUUGUGUCACCACACAUUCACUUGUUUCUGAGGAGUCAGUGGAUAGAAGCACUGACGUGGUCAUUGUUGUGACUGACCUGACUGCUUCUCUAAAGGUGAAUCUGUGCAUUUUCAUUGAUUUAUCAAAAAUAAACAACACUAGCUGACCAGGCUUUGAGCAGCUGCCACAUUUAAACUUUGGGCAUGUGGCACAGGCUUGCUUCCUGCCUUUCUUCAGAGGCCUGAAAAUCAUUUUUCAUAAUCUAAUCAAUCUCUAGAAAGAACAUAACUUGGAGUUCUAGACAUCUAUGGGAAUUUAAUCAAAUAUCAGACAUAUGGGUUCAUUGGGGUGUUCUUAAUUCAUGAGCAGUGUGCUCCAGUAUGAAAUCAUGAGCAGUUUCAACAUCAAAACUGACAACAGUGUACCUAUGCAGACGCUGUGUCUCUGAAAUGCUUCUGCUUUCAGGGCUUUGUACUUCUCUGGGAUUUCUCAGUAUAAUAAAAGAAACUCCAAAAAGUUG